AUGAAAUUUGAAAAAUUGCUUUACUGAUUACAUGCUUUUUUUUUGACAAAUGAAAUAUUGAAGAAAACGAAACCCUGUGCAUUCUUGAAACAUUUGAAUAAUGGCGCAUCCCAAAAGAAGAAUGCAUUGCUAAAUACAGCAGCUUAAUUUUGACGAAAAUUUGUGAUUCCAGAUUUUUUUCGUGUGCCAUUGUAUUUGUUUGCUCUGCUAAAUACUGAUUUUUUAGAACCCCAAAAUGUCUUUCUUUCGCCAACUUGAACAAAGGCAUGUUACUGCUGAGAUAACUCUCAUGGAAUGGAAUCCAAUGCUAGAUCUGAUUGCAUUGGCUACGGUAACUGGUGAGGUUAUCCUUCAUCGCCUGUCUUGGCAAAAAGUGUGGUCCUUUCCAUCUCCCAGCACUAAGGAUGAAACUGUGCUAGUUUCUGCCAUGGCUUGGAGACCUGAUGGCAAAGUACUUGCAUAUGCUUAUGACAAUGGAAAAGUUACACUCUGUGAUGUUGAAAAUUCAGAAACUGUCCACCUACUUGAUGUUCGUUGUUGUGUAACAUCUCUGAGUUGGGUGGAAACUCCAGAUGGUCACGAUGAAGAAAACAGCUUUUACGUCGAUCGGUCUGCAGAAUAUUUGCCGAAACUUUAUUCUUUGAACAAAGCAUAUAGUUCAACAUCAAAACAAGUGGAGGAAGUGGCUGAGGACUUUAAAAAAAUGAAAGGACAAACACAUUUGAAUAUCUUGGCUAUUGGUCUUGAAAUUGGCAUGAUUCACUUGCAUUCCUUUGGCAUGUUUCCUACAGGUUACGUUGAUAUCAACGGGAAGAACUUUGGUUACAAUCUUGCUAAAAUUCUGUCUGUUUCACUAUCAAAAGAUUUCAGGUUUCUUUCAGUUAUUGCUGAAUUGAAAGAUGAAGAUCAGUCUCACAAGUACAUGUACAAGUCAUUUAGUGUGUCCCUGUUGCAUGAAAAUUCGGAACAGAUAAGAAUAGUGGCUUUGAAAUAUGGCCAGAUAUCAGCCCUCCUUAGUUAUUUGUCAUCCACUAUUCGAUGUAUAUCAGAGGCAUGGGAAGAUAUUUUGUUGGAAAUAGACACUAAAAUUCACAAUUAUGCACUUGAAAAAGCAGGUUCCUCUGAAGAGGGUUCCGUUAGCGAUGAUUUCUUGGAGCUAUUGAUGUUUGGAAAUGCUACUGACUCCCUUGAAAAAUUUUUGCUUCACGAUUUGACAGAAAGUGGACUGAAGAAGUUUGGUCAUUCAAUUGAACACUCCUAUUCCAAUAUUCAAAAAUUAGUUCUGAAACGUUUGCAGAAUGUUGCUAGUUUGUUAUUUUACCAUCUCAAUGAUUUAAAAGGGAUGGCGAUUUGGAAGGAAAAAUUUGGUGCCCUUGGUCUUUCGGAGUCAGCCCUGAAUGAAGCUGUUUUAGCCGUGGGAUCAUUUUUACUUAAGGCUACUGAAAUACAGCAAGUUAUCGAUAACAGCAUGAAGAAUUUUCAAGCUUUCUUUCGAUGGCUGUAUUCUGUGAUUCUAAGGCUUUCAGAUGAACCUAUUCCCGUGGAAAUAAGUAAAUUGUCACAACAAGAUUUACAUUUUGUUGCUGAAUUUUUGAAAGAAAAUUUUACAAGUCAGUGUGACGAAAAAAGCAAAACCACUGUGAAAUUAGAACGUGUUGCACAGUAUUUGAAAAAAGAAGAUUUACCAUAUAAAGUUUCCACUAGUGGGAACCCAUGGAUCAAGUUCUUGCAGGAACAUCCAGAGUGGAAAGAACAUGGUUUAGUUUUCCCUUAUUAUCCUGAAAAAUCUUUAGUCUCUCAGUAUAGUGAUCUUAGAAAAGUAAUAGAUUCCGCCGUAAAAGGUCCAUGGGCUGUUUUGAAUAUGACAGCAGAACAAAGAGUGUCAGCUACUGUGUAUGAAAACCCUACAAUCAGUCGGCCUAUCAUUUCCCACUUUCCGUGUUCUAGUUCUGGGUAUAUAUACACAGCAAUUACUCACAGAGAAAAUCCUAGCUCUCAUUUUUACUUAUUUCGUGAACUGUCAACUAAGGAAAGUCAGAUAGAAGCUGUGGCUAUGAAAUUCACAAACUUCAACGUACCAAGUUCCAGUGGAACCAGUGAGAAAGAUUUAAACCAUAAAAUUUUAGAUGUCAAAUUUUAUAACAAAGAUUAUAUGACAUUGUUACUGAUUGAAGAUUCUGUUUCGAAGAUCAAUUCACCUGUUUUAAUACAACUUCCCUUGAAAGCUGUUUGUUCGGAAAUGAAAGCUCUUAAUGGGGCAGUUCAUGAAUCUUUGGCAGAGAUACCGCUGAUAGAAGCAGGUAUAUUUAUUGAGAAGGAUAACUACAAGCGGUUGGAAAACAUGAAAGCAACCUGCAUUGCUGUCAGUGGAUCACGCAAAGUUGUUUGUGUUCUUUUUGCGUCUAAGAGACUUGUUCGACUCUUUGAAAUGGAAGUUGAUGAAGAUGAUGAGGAGGAUUAUGAAACGGAGCAUGAAGAUAGCCUUAUGAAGGACAACAGCAAAGAUAAUUCAUUUGAAAAUGAAGGUGUUUGAAAAAAGAAAACCUAUUAUGCAGAAAAAGAUUGAUCUAAACUGAGUCUAAAUCAAAAACUAUGCAGUCUCAGGACGUUAACUAUGUUUUGGGUGAUAGUGUCAUUACAGUUGAAAUAAUUUUAUAUCUUACCCUUGCAUUUAGAUAGAAUUUAUGUUAUUGAAAAAAAAA